ACAUAAAAUAAAAUUUUGUAAGUGAUUAAUAUUAAAAACUCUGCAGAGAAGAAAACGUGCACAGUAUUAUCUUUCAUUAUAGCAAGUAUUAAUAUACAGCUAAAUGUGCAUAGUAUUGUCUUUUUAGUAGUAUUAACAUCUAGUUUACAGAUAUCUUUUGUAAGAUUUUAAACAAUAUAAAUAAAAACUAAACUAAAAAAUUUGAUGAUUUUAUAAGAUUUUUUAAAAAUUAAAGUUAAAAAUUACAAAGUACAAAAUAAUUAUAUAAUAAAUCUCAAGAUAUUUUUAAUAUCUAUAAUAACUUAAUUAAUAAUUAAAGAAAGUAUACUUUAAAAAAUAUGACAGUAAGGGAUCAACCAUGGGGCUUACAACUUAUAGAAUAUAUGAUUUCCAAAUGUUGUUCUCAUCAUCGAAUAAAUCGAAUGACAUGGCAUCAAGGUGGUAUUUUGAUACUCACAUAUUUAGCAUACACAUGCUACCAUAUGACACGAAAACCUAUGUCUGUUGUAAAAAAUGUGUUGAGUUUUAAUUGCAGUACUUUAUCACCUCCUCCAAACUUUUUAAUCAAUAGUAGUAAUCGAGAUACAUGGUGUGAUUGGGCUCCAUUUGAUACUGCUGAUGCUCCGGCAUUGCUUGGCAUAUUAGAUUCAGCAUUUUUGUUUGCAUAUGCUGCAGCCAUGUUCCUCAGUGGUUUUAUAGCAGAAAGAGUAAAUCUACGAUAUUUUCUUACAUUUGGCAUGCUUGCAUCUGGUGGUGUUUUUCAAACAUCAGGUUGGCCAGGUGUAGUUACAGUUGUAGGAAAUUGGUUUGGAAAAGGAAAAAGAGGAUUAAUUUUUGGAAUAUGGAAUUCUCAUACAUCAUUAGGAAAUAUUUUAGGCAGUUUAAUAGCUGCUGAAUUUGUGGAAUCUGAUUGGGGUCUAAGUUUUAUGGUACCUGGAAUAACAAUGGGUUUUGCAGGAUUUAUAAUAUUUUUAUUUCUUGCACCAAAUCCUAUAGAUAUAGGAUGUAUACCACCUGUCCCAACUAAAUAUAGAAAAUUUGAAAUUGUUCACAGUUCGGAUGAAGAUAGUGGUGCAGAAGAUCAAUGUGAUCAAUCAUAUAGUCGUCUCACUUAUCGCUGUGCCUACCGCGAACAGGUUGAUAUUGAUGAUGUGGAAAGUGCACGAUCUGAAACUAGUCCAAUAUUACAAAGGCAUAGACAUAUACAAGAAAUUCAUAAAGGAAAUGCAAUUGGAUUUGCAAAAGCAAUGAUGAUACCUGGAGUAAUAGAAUAUUCUCUUUCUUUAUUUUUCGCAAAGCUUGUUAGCUAUACAUUCCUGUAUUGGUUACCAUUGUAUAUUGCAGCCUCAACUACAUAUGGCACAACAUUAAGUGCAGAUCUAUCUACUUUUUUUGAUGUUGGUGGUAUUGUGGGUGCAAUAGCAGCUGGUAUUUUAUCUGAUUAUAGUGGUACAAGUGCUCUAACAUGUGCAGUCAUGUUUGGAUUUGCAGUUCCUAUUUUAUUCAUAUAUGACUACAUUGGAAGCACUGGUUGGACAUUCAACAUUAUAUUAUUACUAAUAGCAGGUCUAUUAGUAAAUGGACCAUAUGCCUUAAUAACAACUGCAGUAUCUGCUGAAUUAGGAACUCAUCCUAGUUUAGGAAACAAUUCUAAAGCUUUAGCUACAGUUACUGCAAUUAUUGAUGGCACAGGAAGUAUUGGAGCUGCUGUAGGUCCAUUAUUAGCAGGAGUAGUAGCACGUUGGACUGGUUGGCAUAAUGUGUUUUAUAUGCUUAUGAUUGCAGACAUGUUGGCAUUAUUGCUUCUGUCAAGAUUAGUUUAUCGAGAUGUACAAGUAUAUAGACGACGGCGAAGAGCUAUUUAAUUUUAUUCUUAUAUAUUAAAUAAAAAACAAUAUAUAUGUACAAUAAAUAAGUUCUUAAAUAUUUAUUUGUAAUUUAAAUCGUUUUAUAAAUGAUGUAAAUUGUAUAAAAUGUUACAUUUUGCAUUCAAUUAUAUUUAAUUAAAAUUUGAAUGUUUUAUCAAAUUUUAAUCUUAUUUAAUAUCAAUAUAUCUAAAUAAAUAAUAUAUUUUUUACAUCUUAAA